GACUACGAGAAAGCCCUGUUCUUCCCCUGCAAGGCCGCGGAGCUCGUCAACGACUAUGGGAAAGGCUGGAGCCUGAAGUACCGUGCCAUGAGCCAGUACCACAUGGCUGUGGCCUAUCGCCUGCUGGGUCACCUGGGCAGUGCCAUGGAGUGUUGUGAGGAGUCGAUGAAGAUUGCACUGCAGCACGGGGACCGGCCACUGCAGGCCCUUUGCCUGCUCUGCUUUGCUGACAUUCACAGAAGCCGUGGGGACCUGGAGACAGCCUUCCCAAGGUACGAUUCCGCCAUGAGCAUCAUGACCGAGAUCGGAAACCGCCUGGGGCAGGUGCAGGUGCUGCUGGGUGUAGCCAAGUGCUGGGUGGCCAGGAAGGCGCUGGACAAGGCUCUGGAUGCCAUAGAGAGAGCCCAGGACCUGGCCGAGGCGGUGGGGAACAAGCUGAACCAACUCAAGCUACACUGUCUGAGUGAGAGCAUCUACCGUAGCAAGGGACAGCAGCGGGAGCUGCGGGCGCACGUUGUGAGGUUCCACGAGUGUGUGGAAGAGACAGAGCUCUACUGCGGCCUGUGUGGCGAGUCCAUAGGUGAGAAGAACAGCCGGCUGCAGGCCCUACCCUGCUCCCACAUCUUCCAUCUCAGGUGCCUACAGAACAACGGGACCCGGAGCUGCCCCAACUGCCGCCGCUCCUCCAUGAAGCCUGGCUUUGUGUGACUCCCCACAGCAGCUGUGGGCUUCCGUCUCCGUCCCCCUCUCCAUUUCCAUGGAUGGCCCCUGUUUACUCCUGGGGCAGCUGCCAGUGCUUCCUUGCUGCAACCAGGGCCUAGAGCCUGCCCACUGCUGCUCUGCUCAGCCCAGCUGCCCACCCUGCCUCUUUGUACUUUGCUCUUUCUAGAAAAAUAAACUGUUUGUACCUG